AUGUCCGACGACUCUUUCAUCCAUGCUUGCGCCGGCGGUGUCGGUGGUAUGGUCGCCAUGACCGCCACCUAUCCCCUUGUUGGUAUCUCUACCCGUGCUGCUGUACAGUCCAGCAAGAACCCAGAGGAGCCUAUGGUCAAGGCUGCGCUCAAGAUCUUGCAGCAGGAAGGUGUCGCCGGUCUGUAUGCUGGUCUCAGCUCGAGUUUGAUUGGUAUUGGUGUUACCAACUUCGUCUACUACUUCUUCUUCGAAAAGUGCCGAGAGACCAUCCUCAAGUCCAAAGCCAAAGUUGCCGCUGCUGCUGCUACCUCGGCCACUGCUACCAUCGCCAACGGUGGAGCCUUGACCACCUUCGAAUCCAUCCUUGCAGGUCUCAUUGCCGGUACCGCAACCACCGUUUCCACCAACCCUAUUUGGAUCGUCAACACGCGCCAGACCGUCCGCGUUGGCGCCACCGACCCCAAAGCCGAUCCUAAGGCCGCUACCCACCCUGCCACCUCUCCUGUGGUCAAGAAGCUCGGCUUCAUCCAAACCAUGCAAAAAAUCAUCCGCGAGGAAGGUCCUCUUGCUCUCUGGAAGGGUCUCGGACCUGCACUUGUGUUGGUCAUCAACCCUGUGCUCCAGUACACUGCUUUCGAACAGUUGAAGAACUGGGUCGUCAAGACUCGCCUCGCGCGUGCUAACGGCAGCAAAGUUACGCUGAGCGACUGGGAUUUCUUCUGGCUCGGUGCUCUCAGUAAGCUCUUUGCUACAGGUCUGACAUAUCCCCAGAUCGUCAUCAAGAGCAGACAGCAUGCUGGUAGCAGCAAGGGUGCUAGCACCAACAUCUGGACCGCCAUGACCGAGAUCGUCAACAGGGAGGGUAUCACAGGCCUCUAUAGAGGUAUCACUAGCAAGUUGCUUCAGUCCGUUCUGACAGCUGCCAUCCUCUUCUUGGCUAAGGAGAAGGUGUUUAACAUUACCAAGGCUCUCGUUGCUCCUGUCGCCGCCGCCACCCCUGUCAAGAAGUAA